AUGGGGACCAGCAGUGGCAGAGCCAUCAAGCUUCCCCUGGUUCCUCUGGCCAAGGGCUCAGUCUUACUCCCUGGCGUGACGCUGAGAAUUCCCGUAUCCAAUCGACCCGACUUAGCAAACCUUCUUUCAUCCCUGGUAGACCGGCCAUCGAAGCGCGAACUGAAUUCUAUUACCUUUGGAUGUAUUCCGCUCGCCUCUCCGUUGCUGAGUGCAGAUGGCCAACGACUUCUAGAGGAAGCAGAUACCGACCACGAUAGAAAGGCGGAAUAUGAUUCAAUCGAUGCAGGGCAAGCACGCAAGGAUGAUUUAUUUCAGUUUGGAACGGUGGCGAAGGUGAUCGGCGUGCAACGCCGUUCCUAUUCUGAAGCAUAUCUCUUGGUCCAGGGAUCCCAGCGGUUCACAGUUAGGAAAGUUUUGCGGGACCGACCAUACUUCGAGGCAGAAGUUUACGUACAUGAUGAAGAAAGCGCUUCUAUAAACGGUGACUCGGACGCCGCGGAACUCUUCCAACAGUUGAGACAGCUUUCUCGCGAACUCCUCACUUUGAUACGCAUGUCCUCCUUACUCACCGCCACGUCAAAUCGAUUUUCUCCAAUGGUGGCACGAAAGUUCGAAUUUUAUGUCUCGAAAACCGAGUUCAACCAGGCUGGAAAGUUAGCUGACUUUAUGGCUGAUAUAUCUGAUGUCAGCUUUGAGGAGAAACUACGAGUUCUCUCUGCCUUCGAUGUCAGGGAGCGACUAGAGAGGGUAGUUGAGCUCUUGAGUCGACAGGCGCAGCAUAUUAAGAGCAGCGUCAACGUCACACAUAUCACUACAACUUCAUACCCUCCCAAUAAUGGUACCGAUAUUGAUCCCCGUGAGCGAGAGUUACUGACAAAGCGUGCUCUUGCGAGCCUUUCUGGGCUCGUACCUCCCGGCCAUUCAACCGCACGCGGCGGCAGCGAUAAUGAGGAGAAGGAGCCAAACGAGAUCGAUGAGUUGCAGCAAAAGCUGAACGAUGCGCAACUCAGCCCCGAAGCACGUAAAGUUGCGGAAAAGGAGCUGAAGCGCCUGCGAAAGAUGAAUCCUGCUAAUGCCGAAUAUGGCGUUUGCCGCACUUACUUAGAAAACUUGUCUGAGAUCCCCUGGUCGAAAGUGACUGCAGACCAACUUGGCCCAGAUACUUUGAGACUAGCCCGACAGAAAUUGGACGAGGAUCACUACGGUCUUGAACGUAUCAAGAAGAGACUUUUGGAAUAUUUGGCUGUAUUGCGCUUGAAGCAAGCGACCAACAACGACGUGGAGCGCCAGAUCAGUGGACUGACAAAGGAUUUGAAUUUAUCAUCGAACGCAGACCUUGAGAAAGAUGUUCCAAUGCUCUCGGAGUCUGAUCGAGUGGCACUGGAGACUCGACUCGAGAAUAUGAAGUCCAGACGUAUGACUGAUAAGUCUCCAAUUUUGCUUCUUGUUGGGCCUCCAGGUGUUGGUAAGACCAGCCUGGCAAGGUCAGUUGCUGCCUCGCUCGGUCGCAAGUUCCACCGUAUUUCUCUUGGUGGUGUUCGCGACGAGGCAGAAAUCCGCGGUCACCGACGAACCUACGUCGCAGCCAUGCCUGGUCUGAUUGUCAGCGGUCUGAAGAAGGUGGGGGUUGCCAAUCCAGUCUUCCUGCUCGAUGAGAUUGAUAAGGUCGGUGGUCAAAAUUUCCAAGGAGAUCCCUCCGCUGCUAUGCUGGAGGUUCUGGACCCCGAGCAAAACAAUACCUUCACAGAUCACUAUAUCAAUAUUCCGAUUGAUUUGAGUAAGGUACUGUUUCUUGCUACUGCCAACUCUCUAGAUACUAUUCCUGCCCCAUUGCUUGAUCGUAUGGAGACCAUCUCUCUUUCAGGGUAUACCACUGUUGAGAAGAGACACAUCGCCACGCGUCAUCUGAUCCCGAAGCAAAUUCGUUCCAACGGUUUGUCUGAUGGACAGGUCAGCCUUUCCAAUGAUGUGAUUGACAAGACUAUCACCUCGUACACGCGCGAGGCUGGUGUACGUAAUCUGGAGCGUGAGCUAGGUUCCAUCUGCCGCUACAAGGCCGUCCAAUAUGCUGAUGCCAGUGACUCUGGCCGCUUGGGCAAUUAUAACUCGACCGUCAACAUUGACGAUCUUGAGGAUAUUCUUGGAAUCGAGCGUUUCGAAGAGGAGAUUGCCGAGAAGCAGGGCCGCCCUGGCAUAGUUACUGGCCUCGUUGCGUAUUCCACUGGUGGUCAAGGAAGUAUUCUGUUUAUCGAGGUGGCUGACAUGCCAGGAAAUGGCCGUGUCCAGCUUACUGGUAAACUUGGAGAUGUUCUAAAGGAGUCUGUCGAGGUGGCACUUACGUGGGUCAAGGCCCACUCAUUUGAGCUGGGACUUACCCAUGAUCCGAAUGAGGAUAUCAUGAAGAGCCGCAGUCUGCAUGUCCACUGCCCCUCUGGUGCUAUUCCCAAGGAUGGGCCCUCAGCCGGUCUUGCCCAUACCAUGGCGCUUAUCUCCUUGUUCACCAACAAGGCUGUUCCGCCCCAGAUCGCUAUGACUGGCGAGAUAUCGCUUCGAGGUCGAGUGAUGCCCGUUGGUGGAAUUAAGGAGAAGCUUAUUGGGGCUUUGCAUGCUGGUGUAAAGACUGUUCUGCUUCCGCAUGGCAAUCGCAAGGAUGUCAAAGACGUCCCUCAGGAGGUCCACGAAGGCCUAAAUAUCAUCUUUGUUCAACAUAUCUGGGAAGCACUGCGCCAGAUUUGGCCAGAUGCCCAUUGGCCCGGCCAACCGCAAGUGAAUUUCGUCGAGAGCCGUCUGUAG